AUGUCCAUCGAAAAUCUCAAGUCUUACGACCCCUUCGCCGAAGCCGACGAAGACACCGGAGAGACCAAGCAGGCGCAGAAUUAUAUUCAUAUUCGAAUUCAGCAGCGCAAUGGCCGAAAGACCCUAACUACCGUCCAGGGUCUGCCCAAGAAGUUUGAUCAGAAGAAGAUACUCAAGGUCAUCAAGAAGAAGUUUGCCUGCAAUGGCACCAUCGUCAACGAUACCGAGAUGGGCGAUGUGAUCCAGCUCCAGGGAGACCAGAGAAAGGAUGUUCAGGAGUUUCUUUCCGACAAGAAGGAAGGCCUGGGUCUUGACGCUAAGACGAUCAAGAUCCACGGUUUCUAA